AUGCAGAAUCUCGAAAAUCUGCAAAUUGCCAUUAUUGGCGCCGGCAUGGGAGGUCUGACGACGGCCCUUGCUCUAGCCAAACGCGGAUUCAAGUCAAUCGAUGUCUACGAGAAUGCACAGGACCUGGGCUUUGUGGGGGCUGGUAUCCAGUUGGCUCCAAAUAUGGCUCGUGUGCUGGAUGGACUUGGUGUAUGGAGAAGGAUAGAAGCCGAGGCCGUGGAUAUCACGGAGACGUCUGUUCGAGACGGCGCAACGGACAAUGAGCUUGCACAUGUCGAGCUCGGGUAUAUUGAAAAGACAUAUGGGUACAAGCACAUGGUAGGCCAUCGUGCAUCAUUAGCCGGGGGUCUGUACGAGGGAUGCAAGAAGCAACCCGCCAUCAAAUUUCACUUUGGCAUCAACGCCGAGUACGUCGAAUUUGGAUCUCGACCGUCAUUCAUAGCUGUGCCGCGCAAGCAAGGAGAAGUCUCUUUCCGCGUGGAGUGCGAUGUCCUCCUCGCAGCGGAUGGAAUCAAAUCGCUCGCUCGUCAGGAGAUGCUCAAGCGCCUCAAUGUGCACACGGGUGUCCGCGACACCAACCAGGCCGCCUAUCGAAUCAUGAUCCACAAAGACAAGCUCAAAGACGAUCCGGAGCUUCUGGCCCUGAUUAACAGCACGCGCGUCACUCGCUGGAUCGGAGCCAAGCGGCAUAUCAUCGCCUACGCCGUCUCCAACAACACCAUCUACAAUCUCUCCACCAUCCAGCCAGACACCAACUUCGCCGCCGCCACAAAUGCCACGUACACGACCAAGGGGUCCAAGAGCGCCAUGAUGCAGGUCUUCGACGACUUUUGCCCCAUGGUCAAGCGACUGCUCAACUACGUUCCCGAGGGCGAAGUCUGCGAAUGGAAAUUACGCGUCCACGACCCCCUCCCGACAUGGGUACAUGAAAAUGUCGCUCUGCUCGGCGACGCCUGCCAUCCAACGCUGCCUCAUCUGGCCCAGGGCGCUGCCCAAGCCAUUGAGGAUGGUGCCGUCAUUGCCGCGGCCCUGUCGAGAUUACCCGACACCACGCCGGACUCCAUCAACAAGGCUCUGCGCGUGUACGAAAAGGUUCGCAAGUCUCGCGCCGAGACUCUGGUCGAAAUGGCGGCUGCUUCGGGUCGUGCCCUGCACCUGGGUGAUGGGGCGGCGAAAGAGGAGCGAGAUCGUCAGUUUGCGGCUCUGAGGCAGGGUAAGGGCCCGGUGCCGGAUAAAUGGGCGGAUGCGGAUGUUCAGCGGGAGAUCUACGGGUUCGAUUGCAUCAAGGUUACGGAGGAGAGAUUUGAUGAGUACUUUGGACAAAUGGAUAAUACACCCCGUGACUCGAAGCUGGCAUAG